AUGUCAAUGCUCUCAAUCCAUCUGGAGCAGAUAGCUCUCUCCUGCGAGGGCAUCGACUCUCUCCCAUGCAUUAGCUUCCCGCCUCCGAAGAUCUUCACAAACGCAAUGCUCUACAACACCGACAUUACCUCCCUCAUCCGCGACACCGAAGCCCACGAGCGCGCCCUCUUCUCCGUGCCCCCUCCCCCGCCGCCGCAAUCCUCGUCCGCCUCACAGAACCCCGACCAGAAACCCGCCACCAGCCGCCGCCAGACGGUGUUCAACGUCGCCUCGGGCGAAGUCACCACCGGACCGCCCCCGGGAAGCUCCCGUGGCGGCGUCGGCGGCAUGGGCGGGCCCCGUCGACACACCGCUGUCUCGGCCGUCCUGGGCGGUGACCUUCACGCGCAGCUGCGCCGCGGCGAGCGACAGGCGGCCAGCAAAGGCGGCGAUGUUGACGUCGAGAUCCUCCUCAAAGGCGCGACGAAGCUGUGCGGCGUAUACGCCCUCCCCGGCGCGCUCGAGCGGAUCCCGCAGCUGCGGUCGCGGUACGCCCACCAGACCAACACGUUGGCCUACUACGAGGCCAAGGUCGCCGAGCACCAGGCCGCGCUCGAGAGGAUGAACAAGGACCACUGGAUGAACGAGGGCGACGAGGGGCAGGAGGACGAGCAGGAAGAUGAGGACGAGGGCGAGGACCUCAUGACGGAGGACGACCUGCGGGCCGAGGAGGAGGUUGUGCGGGAGCUCGACAAGAAGAAGCGCGAGCUGCAGCUGCGGCUGCGGGCGAUGGAAAAGGACCUGGGAGGAUUGCUCAACAUGUGA